CGCGGUCAAGUUCCGCAUAACGCGGCCUCGUUCCGUUUAAAUCAAUACCCCUAAAAGCUCCAGUCGUCGUAAGACGCCUUAGAGUAAGAUCCAGGAUUCCGAUUCCCUCGCUCCCACAGCUAUCCUAAUUUCCGGAAGUUUCGGACUAUUCUCCAUUGCAAAAUGGGUGUCGCCGCAUUGCCCGACACUGUGCGCGUUGCUGUAACGCAAGCCGAGCCGGUCUGGCUAGGCCUGGAAGGAGCGGUCGAGAAGACAUGCAAAUUGAUCGAAGAGGCCGCGCUGAACGGGGCGGCCUUGGUCACAUUUCCGGAGUGUUGGAUACCCGGAUAUCCAGCGUGGAUUUGGUCUCGUAGCGUAGAUCCUGAUCUUUCAGUUCGCUACUUGAAGAGCUCUCUGCAACUGGAGUCGCCACAGAUGGAUCGCAUUCGCGCCUGCGCGGCUAGUAACGAUAUCACUGUGGCGCUGAGUUUCUCGGAGAACCUCCAUAACUCUGCGUACAUCGCACAGUCUUUGAUAGGGACAGAUGGAACAAUUCUGUUGCACCGGAGGAAGAUAAAGCCCACGCAUAUGGAGCGGACCGUGUUCGGUGACGGUGCGAAGGGCUCCCUAGACAACGUGGCUAACACCAAGGCCGGACGAGUGGGUAUGCUAGCGUGUUGGGAGCACACCCAGCCUCUGCUCAAGUACCAUACCUAUCUUCAGAGGGAGCUACUUCAUGUUGCAGCGUGGCCUCCUCUUUUCGACCACGAGGAGCAACCACAAACCUUCUGGUCGAUGUCACGCCAAGGGGGCCACAGUCUCUCUCAAACCUACGCCAUCGAGUCGCAGAGCUUUGUUCUGCACACGACUGCUAUUCUCGGCCAGCGCGGAAUUGAUGCCAUGGGUACUGAGUCCGGGGUUCUAUUUAGUAGGCCAGGUGGAGGGAGUUCUGCCGUCUUUGGGCCUGAUGGAAGGAAGUUGACGGAGGAUCUCCCUGAAAAUACAGAAGGGCUUGUUUAUGCCGACCUAGAGACCGACGCUGUACUUAGAGCAAAGUCGUUCAUUGAUGUUUGCGGCCAUUACAGUCGGCCCGAUCUGCUUUGGUUGGGAGUAGUCGACUACGAAAAAAAGGCAGAAGGGGCGACAGAGACAAGGAGCUAGAGCGUCUGAAGUACUGUAGCAUGGAU